GCGGGCAGCGGACGGUCCUGACGCACAGCUGGACAACAGCGGAAACUUUCAGCGCUGGAAGCCAGCGAAGAACUCGUAAUUAUUCACCGAGCAUCAGGCCAAUUAGUGGAACUCUGCUGGAAUAUUGAUCAUCGAGAAACUUUGAGCACAGCACUACACCGCGGACAAACGGAGUCAGACCCACGCUGCCAUGCCCGGAGCAAGACCCGAUGUGUGGAUGUGCGUGAACAUGUGUGUGUGAGUGCCUUUAAGGGUGUGUUUUUAGACUGCUUGAGUGAGCAAACAUCCUGCUGUGUGAGUGUGAGUGUGAGGAUGAGGGCUGUCACCGCUCUGCUGUGUCUCCUGCUGGUCGCCCAGGUCGGAGCCUCUAGGUUGGUCCGCGACACCCAGGGCAGCCCCCAAGCUUCAGAACCGUCCAAGAACAACGCCUCUGUCCCGCUUCCGCCCCCACAGCCGCGGGGCUUCUUCCCCCCCAUGUGCAUUAAGCCUACGGAGAUCAAGCACGCCUUCAAGUAUGUGAACACCAUCGUGUCCUGCCUGAUCUUUGUGGUGGGGAUCAUCGGCAACUCAACGCUGCUCAGGAUCAUAUAUAAGAACAAGUGUAUGAGGAAUGGACCCAAUGUCCUGAUCGGCAGCCUGGCUCUGGGGGACCUGCUUUAUAUUAUCAUCGCCAUUCCCAUCAAUGUGUUUAAGUUAAUAGCCGAGGACUGGCCGUUUGGCGUGUACGUCUGUAAGUUGAUGCCGUUCAUCCAGAAAGCUUCAGUGGGAAUCACCGUCCUCAGCUUGUGUGCCCUCAGUAUUGACCGCUACCACGCUGUGACCUCAUGGAGCAGGGUGAAGGGGAUGGGGAUCCCUCUGUGGAAAGCAGUGGAGGUGACUCUGAUCUGGCUGGUUGCCGUGGUGCUGGCAGUCCCUGAGGCGCUGGCAUUCGACAUGAUGGAGAUGCCGUACAGAGGCAACAAGCUGCGUGUGUGUCUGCUGCAUCCAGAACAGACGAGCAGCUUUAUGAAGUUCUACCAGGAUGUGAAAGACUGGUGGUUGUUUGGCUUCUAUUUCUGCCUCCCACUGGCCUGCACAGCAAUCUUCUACACACUCAUGUCCUGCGAGAUGCUCAGUCGCAAAAAAGGCAUGCGCAUCGCACUCAACGACCACAUGAAACAGCGGAGGGAAGUAGCGAAGACGGUGUUCUGCCUGGUGUUGAUUUUCGCUCUCUGCUGGCUGCCCCUUCAUCUCAGCCGUAUUCUGAAGAAAACAAUCUACGACCAAAAUGACCCCCACCGCUGUGAACUGCUCAGCUUCCUGUUAGUGAUGGAUUACAUCGGCAUCAACAUGGCCUCCCUAAACUCCUGCAUCAACCCGAUUGCCCUCUACUUUGUUAGCCAGAAGUUUAAAAACUGCUUCCAGUCUUGCCUGUGCUGCUGGUGCUACAGAACGUCUCCCGUGGAUGAGCGAGGUUCAGGAGGACGCUGGAAGGGCUCCUGUCACGGGAACGGACUAGACCGGUCCAGCUCCCGCUCCAGUCAGAAAUACACAAGCUCUUCAUAAACACACACACACACACACACCUCUUCUGCCAAACCCAUGUUUCCAUCAGCUCCCAUCAUGGAGGAAUAGCUGCCACUGCCAACAGACCAAUAAGGAGGGGGAAAAUGGAGGAGGUAAGUCACUCCUUCAGGACUCGCAGCGGACUGACAAAAGGACGGACCCAAACUGAUGAAUGAAAUAACCGGACUGUACCUGUUCAAACUGUAACACUAACUGCCAACACUUAGGAUGGAACCAAGCCUACAUGAAUCUGUUCAUACUGCGACACUGAGGCUUGUGUUCAGCGGACUAAAAGUCUCUCCGUGGACCAACAUUGUCAAUACAUUUAUAAAAAAUGUUUAUUACAAUACUACGAUUAUAUCUAGCCGUAGUGCUUCAUGUAUGAAUAACAGCUCUGAUAAGACUAUAUGUUGAAGCUUUAAUACCUCACAGGGAAAGAUAGAGGGAAACUGUGACCCUGAGUUAUUUUCUAAAAGAUUUUUUUCAUGUAUAAAAUGCACAAAUGUGCCUCUGCAUAUAAGCACAAUCAAAAGCUGAGUGUCUGACAAUCAACAUAUACAUAUACUUAUACAACUGCUGAGCUCCCCGACGCUCAUGUGUGACAUCAUGCCAGAGUAAAAUGGGCCCCACUGUCAUGUGGAAGGCCAAUAGUCGGAAUCUUUUUUCAAUCUGGAAAUCAUCGCCGUUUCAAGUCAUGUGGAGGCCAGCUGUUGUCUGAGAACACUGACAAAUACCAGAUGAUUCCCAUCAUGCUACACAGAAGAGAUCAUUUAUUAGUACUUUUAUUGUUGCGGUAUUCAUUUUGUUGUACGUGUUUCCACUGUAUAUAAAAUCUUAACCUGUCUCUUACAAUUUAGCCUCUAUUUUCUUUUUUUAAGGAAAAAAACAUGAGACGCUUGUUUCAUCUUCCAACAUGAGGUUAUUUUUUCCAAAUAUUUCUCCUUCAUCAGUGUGUGGUCAUAUUACAAAGAUGAUCUGGCGACUGGAAACUACUUGUAAAAGCUGUUCGAGGAAUGUUUUUAGCGAGGGUAACGUUUCUUCAACUUUGGAAUGGUCAUAGAAAUGAUUUACAUAUAUAGUCGUUUCUAUUCAAUAUAAUCCAGGUAAAAUUCAGGAUCUCUAAUGUGUGGGCUAAAGAAGUGAAAUGAAAUAUGUGGGCUGCAGCACAGGAAGACAAAUGUGUUCCUAAGAUUUCAUGAUAACUGUAGAGUUAGUACACCUGUAGCUUGAGAAAGCUGCAAGUGUUCAGUAAUCAUGUACUUGUGACACAUUUUGUCAUAAUCGCAAAACAAAAACUUUUUACACAAUAUCUAGCUCUUUAAAAAGUCAGACAUGAGAAUGAAAAAAAAACUGUAGAUUACAAUUCAUUGUAAGAAAACUUAAAACCUAAAGGAAUCAAAGUAUUUUACAGUGACAGUAGUGAGAGUAUGUACUUAUGAUAUAAGCACAAGAUGAAUCUGUUUUUUUUUUUUUUAGUAUGGUGAUGAAAACCUUCCAUAUUCUGAGUUCUCUAUAUCAAAGUGAAGAGCAAAUGUGUCCUCUUUCAAAUCCAUAUUUGCUGAAAAACCAGUCAAGGUGUUGGUUCAACCUGAAGCAUUUAAAAAAAGAUUCAAGCAACAUAUAAAUGUUCUGACAAAAUAUUUCCAUCGGCGCUCCUCACAUCAACUGAUCCCGCAGUAUGUGACUCAUACAGUAACUCAUCAUAUGUAUUUAUGCUAUCGUCCCCCUGUUUUUAGCUACAUGUAGAGGCAAAUGUGUACUGGAAGGUCUGAGCAGCUUUGUGAACCAGUCAAGACUAAUUUAACGUUUAAGUUCAAAUGUAAUGUGAGUAUUGGCUCUUGUGUUUUAAAUUGCAUUGUAUACUACUUAUUUGUUGAGAGUAAACCUGUAAUAAAUAUUAUUUUAUA